AUGGUCCAAAUUCCCGGCUUAUUGGAAGAGUUAGAUAUAAUUCGAGCUUCCACUAUUGAAAAGGGUUCCCCACAAGCGUGGGAGAACUUGCUCGAAAAUUGCUCUCGCUUGGAACGACAAUUACUGGCCUGGAGAAUUACCAUGGGAGAUGAUAUAGGAACCUACGAUUACACCCAAUCGGACAGUACCAUUCCACUGCCGGAAGACGAUAGGGAUUAUCCAGUGCUGCACAUGAGCUUCUUUUACUGGAGCUGUUCUAUCAUCCUAUAUACCACAAUUCACAUCGCCGCGAACGAGGCGAUUCAAAACCAAGUUAAAACUCACUGUUCUCCGAUCCCGUUCUCCUCACCAGAGCACCCCAACUAUCAUGAUGAACGAAAUCCUACUUUGCACGCCCACCGGAUCAUCCACGCUCUUCCUUUAUCCUAUAAGCCUCACGCCGGUGGCUAUGCAGCACUAAGCUCAACAUUUCCGCUCGGCAUGGCCGUCCGUUAUCUUCUGGUUGCUCAUCUUUUCCCACACAAGGAUAACUCUGCAGAUACGGAAUAUGAGUUCCUACAGCAAACUCUGUCGCAGCCUUUCAUGGGGGCGUAUAUCGCACGUUUUAUUAAUCAUCUACACAAGGUAGACACACCCACCACACCGCUGAAGGAGAUGCCAGGGUGGCAUGGGACGGAGUUGAGGGCUAUGAGAUGGUGGUUUGGGCCCUGUGCUGAGAUUGAGUUGGGGAAAUAUAGAGAUUGA